UCCAUUUGAUAUUGAUGCCUGCAUCGAGCAGCUUCUGCGCAAACAGCUCCUGCACGAGAUCGUCCUCCGCGAAAUAUGCGCCAAGGCGAAGGAGGUGCUCAUGCGCGAAUCCAACGUCGUGCACGUCAAAUCACCUGUGACUGUCGUCGGCGACAUACACGGACAGUUUUACGAUUUGGUCGAGAUUUUCCGCAUCGGCGGCUUUGCGCCCCACACCAACUAUUUGUUUCUUGGGGAUUAUGUCGACAGAGGCUUGUUCAGUGUAGAGACCAUGUCGCUGCUGAUGUGUCUGAAACUCAGAUACCCAGAGCGCGUGCAGCUGCUCCGUGGGAAUCAUGAAUCCAGAGCCGUCACUCAGGUAGUGAUGCUUCUACACAGAAUGCACGAGAAAAUAUGGCUCGCCCCAUGUUUGGACAUAUUUUACCGACAUGUUCGACUUCCUGACCCUGUCUGCCGUGAUAGACGACCGAAUAUUUUGCGUGCACGGAGGAUUAUCGCCCUCCAUCCAUUCGAUAGACCAGAUCAAAGUCAUGGACAGAUUUCGAGAGGUUCCCCAUGACGGCCCGAUGGCAGAUCUCGUUUGGUCGGAUCCCGAUGCAGAAAAAGAAGAUUUCGCGAUUUCACCUCGAGGCGCGGGAUAUACGUUUGGCUCGGGAGUAGUGCAUAAAUUCCUAGAAAUGAACGGGAUGGUGCACAUUCUCCGCGCACAUCAGCUCUGCAUGGAGGGUUAUUCGACACUUUUUGACGGCCAUCUUUCCACGGUCUGGAGUGCGCCUAAUUAUGUUUAUCGCUGCGGCAACUCUGGGAGUAUUCUCGAAGUCGGUCCCGGGCUGAGCAUGCACUUCAACGUCUUCGAAGCUGCGCCUGAAAACGAGAGAGACGGACCUGCGCAACAAUCGGCGCAGGGCCAGCAGCUGCCCGAGUACUUUCUGUAGAUGUAAAUGGAACUCACCAGGACUGAGAUAUAUAUAAAGCUCGGGUAUUUUGUUCCACCUGUACUCUACCAUCACAAAUAUACAUAAUGGGUUCAGCUUGUUCCCAACAGCUCCCGGACACGUUCCCAAAGAAAAAACACCGCCCGUCUUCUCCUGGCAAAAAUCAAGGCCAAAGCGGCGACGCACACUGAGCCAAUCGCAUGACGGCCCCAGCGUGUCCAAGCCAAAAGCAGGAGGGUGCGGAUGAGAUCUCGUUUCCGCUGACGCCCAUAGCUCAGAGACGGCGUCCUCGACGUCCCGGAAGAAGAAACAGGAUAUCCGAAAAACGGAUUUAGAAGAGAUGUCGGAUGGAUACUCGUCGUGACCGAGGGUGCGUUCUUUGCGAUCGAGGGUCCUGGCAAGGGAGACGGGGUCGGACUCUGGGGCGGCGGCUGGUGGCGGCUGCCAUGGACCGGCGGGUCCUGCCGCAGAGGAUUCGGUAACUCUGUCAAAGAAGCAAGACUUCCGCCAUAAUCUGUCAAGGUUCAUAUUAGCUUUUGAUGCCGAGUGUGUGUAGCGGGCUCCCAGCAGUCAGACUCAGGACCUUGUGGCAGCAUCGAGGGAGAAAAAUAACGGAGCAGCUCUUCGCUCGUCGGGAAGAAAACCCGUGACAAGGCGCGUUCCGGCAGCACGCGCUUGGCGAUGCUCCAGAUCCCCGCAUGGGUCCACGAGUAAUUGAUCAUGAACACUGGAUGACAUCAGCGCCGUCCGCCGUGCUCACAUAAUAGCGCAUAACUACCCGCCGCGAGCAGACCCGGAAAGCGUGGGUUGGCCUCUCGAAGCGCCCAGGUGACCAGAUCGAUGUUCUGGCGGACGGCGAUCAAUUUUGGGUUUUAAUGGGACAGCCGAUUUCCCGGUUUCGCGUACCAAGCUUUGCGUCGAGAGAUUCUUCAGGUCUAGAAGGACCACAUAUUGUAGUAUGGGAUGCGGAGAUUGGGGGGAGCUGUCGUUCAGGCUCCGCAGAUGUAGCCGAAGACACUCCAGCGCUCGAAGCAGGCGAGGCUUGUGGUCGUCGGAACUGUCAUUGAACGAGACGACCUUGAGGACGAGGAUAGGCCGGCCGAAAGGAUCUGUGGCGGAAGAAGGGAGACAUUGUAUCAGAGGUAUCUGCACCGGGCAUGCUGGCGGCCAGAGGUGGACGGAUCUCCAGAUCAGGAUCUUCCGGACAGCUUCUAUCGUGAACGACCGAGUGAAUUUAUUUCGCUAGAGAUAUGAGAUAUCAAUGCAGGAACAAGAGGAGAGAGAGAGAGCCUAUAGCACCGCACCCGGAGGAUUCGAAACAUCGAGUCUUCCAUGAAGAUCAACAUCAAUUUAUGAAAUUCAACCGGGCACACACAUUGGUCUUCCAGCCAAUCUCUCGCCCAGACUUCCCACUGCUGUGCAUUAUCCACUCUUAUUUCCUCCACCACUCCCGGUAGGAUAUCGCGAAUUAACGUUCCUUGUAACGCAAGCACAUCUUCUAGAUUUUCGGUGUAUUCCGUGUGCAGCUCCUUGAACUUUGCGCGAUUAGCAUCCAGCAGAAGCAUUCUUCCCCCGCCAGCCACGGGAACAGCGCGCGCCGGGACCCUGCGCGAGUUUCAAGUCUGUGCAGGGAGAUGUAGAAGAGACGUGUGAAGCCUGUUCCACGUGUUCUCGGCUUCCUCCUUGCCGGGAAGCCCUGUCAUUUCUAGGCUCUGCCUUCCAUCUCAGCCGCCCUCGAAUGCCCCUCAGCCAACGGACGGCUCAAGCUCAACGCCGCGAAAUUGCCUCGCUGCCCUGUUCCUCAGGUCACACGCUCCCCGAAGUCCUGCGACGCAGAUCUGAGCGCCAAUGUGCCGGCCUCGUCGUUGCUCUUGCUCCGCGUCUCUCUAAAGCCCCUGGAUCUCUGCCUUUCGUUGAGUCUUGUUCGCUAGUGGCUCUCGGGAACGAAGCAGUAGAGAUCUAUGCUUUGGGCCCGGGGUUUUGCGGGAUGAGCAGCUGGAAUCGCCUAUGCUCCGAGUCGGACCGGAACACCGCAGGCUCUUGGUCAUGGACCGUGAUACUGCUACUUAUUACACAUGAAUAUCGUAGAUCUCCCUCCCUCCUCAGCCCCUCAUGUCAAAUCGAUAAUCUGCGGUGUAUCGCUCCCGGUGGUGAGAUCUAUGACCUCCCCUGACUUGAAGCGAGGGUGCUCCGUCUUGACGCGUUUCGGAGGCUGCCGGGGCCGUUUAGUUGGGAUGCCUUGAUUCAGACGUCUACUUGCCUUUCUUUCGGUCUUAGCAAGACUGGGAGAUUGCGCUUUGCGCUUUGCGGAGGCGGUCUUCGAAGUCGCCUGCGCAAUCUCAUUCGCUUGGAGAAGGUCUGGGUCCUCGAGGAUUCAGCGGCGUCCGAGCAGUACGGCGGUUUCACACACCGAGCGAGCGAUAUUUGAAUGUGAAGGUAGCACGCGGACUGUCUUCCAGGUACUCGAAUACGGCCGCCGCCCUUGGGGUGGUCACGACCGCUUUCCCGAACCUGAAGCGAGCUCUCAGAAUGGGCAAGCAUCUCACGGCCAACUUGCUUCGUUUGGUGCGCGAUGCCUUUCUUUGACCGCUCGUGGACUUUGGAUUCCUGCACUGGGGCGACGUCACUGUAGGGCUUGGUCCCCAUCAUUUUGACGGUCCACAUCUCCACUUUGAUCAGCCCGAUGUCUCUAUGCGCGAUAGACGAGUCCAGGAAUGCAUCAUCGUCUGCAAAGUACUGUGACUUUUGUGCACUGCAGGCGAGAGCGAUCCGCACCUGUGAUAUUGAGAUUCGAGAACACAAAUGGUGUGACUGUCGACCCUGAGGUUCGUCGGCCUGGGAUACCGCCCGUGCAGUUUGGACCUUGCAGUAUUUCCCCUGCACACUCUAUCCCGUCCACCCACACUCGCGUGCACGUGCCGCCAGACGCGCCGUUGUGCCUCCAAUGGAUCGAAAACCCCUCCAGACGGAAGCGUCGCAUUCAGCCCCGCUAUACUGGAUGGAAACCGGAAAGGACGGACUUUGUUUGCUUCAGAUGCGAUCCAGCAGGUCUGUCCGGAAGGAUGAUAGGUAUCCUCUGUAUUGUAUUUUUCUGCCUCUUCGCCCGCUAUGGACACCCACGCUUGAAAGCCGUUUGCACUGAGACGCAUCGCGAGGAGUGGAUAUGAUUAGAGAGAGCGCGUCUGAUGUAAUCAGAACAUAGCCACUGACCAUCCAUCGUCUUUUUUGUGAGCUGCUACUCUGCGACUAUGAGCGACGUUGCCGACCUCGUGAAGUGGUUCAAAACGAGCGGAGGCAGUCUUGACGAAGAAUUUGUCGGCUUCACCGUGUUCCCUGGCUGCGGGCGCGGUGCAGUCGCGCUGAAAGACGUUCCUGAGGGCCACGUUCUCUUCAGAAUACCCAGGAGCAUCCUCCUCUCGCCCGAGAACUCCGAGCUUCCGGGGCGUGUCGGACUGGCGCACUGGAAGGAACGCAAGAUGCACAUCGGGUGGGCGGGACUGAUCCUCUGCAUGAUGUGGGAGACUGCGCAGGGCUCGAGCUCACGGUGGUCGGGGUAUCUGGAUUCACUGCCAUCGACCUUCGACACACCGAUGUUCUGGAACGACGAAGAUCUGCGGGAACUGCAAGGGACCACUGUGGUAGCGAAGCUAGGGAGGGAUGACGCAGAGCGCGACUUCACCGAGAAGUUGCUGCCUCUCGUCCAGAGCCGACCGGACAUCUUCCCGGUGGACACAAUAUACACGUACUACACCUUGGAAAUCUACCACAUCAUGGGCAGCCGCAUCCUCUCUCGAAGCUUCGAUGUAGAGAACGACGAGCCGGACGAAGAUGGGGAUGCAGACGACACAGAAGAGGAACACGUGGCCGCUAACACUAGCGUUGGGAGUGCCAUGGAUGUUGAUGGUCCUGCGGAAGCAGAACCUGCUGCAGACACAAACGAACCUGAAGACGACCUGGAGAACAUUGAGGAGGAGGAGGAGCCUGCGAAUGUCGCGAUGGUUCCAAUGGCGGACAUGCUGAAUGCCCAAUUCGGUUCUGAGAAUGCCAAGUUGUUCUACGAAAAGGAAGAGCUGCGAAUGGUUUCGACGAAACCUAUCAAAGCCGGUGAUCAGAUUUGGAACACGUACGGAGACCUUCCCAAUUCCGAACUGCUCCGACGAUACGGCCAUGUCGAUAUGCUCCCACUCCCCAACGGGGACGUUGGGAACCCCGGGGACGUCGUGGAGAUACCCGCGGACAUUGCUGUGCAGGUCCUGGGCCUGGACGCGGGGACAACAAAGGAGCGGAUAGACUGGUGGCUGGAGCAAGGCGGGGACGAUGUACUUGUCCUGGAAUCAGAUCUCGAGAUCCCGCUGGCUCUCGUUGCGCUGAUCCGCCUGCUACGGCUCACCCCGGGUGAAUGGGAGCAGGCCGUUGAAAAGGACAAAGUCCCAAAACCCAAGAUCGAUGGCGAAGUCCUCCCGAUCGUCAAAACAGUCUUCGAGUCCAGGCUAUCGCAAUACCCUACUACUCUCGAGGCUGAUAUCGCAAUGCUUGAGAACCCAAGCAUCGCUGUUAACAAAAAGUACGCCUUGGUGGUCCGCGUCGGAGAGAAAAAGAUACUGCGGGAAGUGAUCGCAAAACUGGGCGCCCUCGUCGAGGCGGAGUCGGCUUCCCAGACUAAAAAGCGGAAGGUGCGACCUGACGAUGAUUCUGAGAGGAAGAGCAAGAGUCGCAGGCGGUAGAUUAGAUGUUGUUUGUAUCGUAUCUAGUCUCAUCUUAUCCGCUUGGGUGUUGGUAUUCUUGCCCCGUAGCGUUACGAUGAUCA